AAAUGAGUCAUGCAACGUUGACGUGUAUUUCGUUGGUAGACUGGAAAACUGCUACUUCGCAGCAUCCAGUUGAGAAAGCCGACAGCUGGCUAACAUUUAACCGCAACUUGAACAAUUUAAGGGAAUUCCUUAAGCGGCGGUUGUCUUCUAAAGUGUGUGACGAUGUCCGGAGAAAUUUCUCUGAUUGGUUCGGUCAUCCUGGCUCUGUUCCUGGCCGGCUACCUGGGCCAGCAAUACCUGCCGCCCCCCACACCGAAGGUGAUCGGCCUGGAUCUGGGCACCACCUUCUGCUCCGUCGGCGUCUUCCAUCCGGGCAGCGGGGAGGUGGAGGUGAUCGCGGACGAAGAGGGCAGGAAGAGCAUCCCCAGCGCCGUCUCGUUCACCACCACCGCGGUGCUGUCCGGACACGAAGCCGUGGACCUGGCCGACAGCAAUCCUCAGAACACCGUCUACGAUGCCAAGAGGUUCAUCGGGAAGAUAUUUGAGCCGGAGGUCCUGGAGCAGGAGAGUGCUCGGUACCCGUUUAAGGUGAUUAACAACAAUGGAAGCGCAGAGUUUCUGCUCUUCACCAACCACACCUUCACUGUGAGCCCGGAGUUCAUCGGCUCCCGGCUGCUGCUGAAGAUGAGGAAGAUGGCCGAGCGGCAGCUGGACGUGGACAUCCGGAAAGCUGUCAUCUCGGUGCCCGCGGAGUUCGACGAGAGGCAGAGGAACUUCACCGUCAGGGCCGCCAACCUCGCUGGCCUGGAGGUCCUGCGUGUGAUCAAUGAGCCCACUGCUGCAGCCAUGGCCUACGGCCUGCACAAGGUGGACGUGUUCAACGUGUUGGUGGUCGACCUCGGGGGAGGAACCCUGGACGUCUCUCUGCUCAACAAACAGGGAGGCAUGUUCCUCACCAGAGCCAUGGCAGGGAAUAACAAGCUGGGAGGUCAAGACUUCAGCCAGAGGUUGCUCCAGUACACCAUAGAGCGAGCCCAGCAGGAGUUUGGCGUCCCACCCACUCUCAAAGAGGACAUCCACUGUCUCCGAAAGGCUGUGGAAGCCGCCAAGCUCAACCUCACCCUCCAGCCCAGCGCCACCGUCAGCGUGCCCCUGCACCUUCAUACCCACGACGGCCCAGAGUCGGCCGGAGGCUCCGAGCCGGUUCUCUUCCGGGCGGUGAUCACUCGCGAGCUGUUUGAGGAGCUCAACGAGGACCUCUUCCAGAAGAUCCUGGCUCCCGUUGAGACCGUGUUGGCCGAGGGCCACCUGGAGAAAGCGGACGUGGAUGAGAUCGUCCUGGUCGGAGGGUCCACCAGGAUACCGCGGAUCAGGAGGCUGAUCAGCGAGUACUUCGGGAAGGACCCGAACACAUCGGUAGACCCUGACCUGGCUGUGGUUACAGGUGUCGCCAUACAGGCCGGCAUCAUGGGCGGCUCCUGGCCUUUACAAGUGAGCGCUAUAGAAAUCCCCAACAGACACCUGCGCAAGACGAACUUCAGCUAAUCUUUAUUAUUUAUUAAGACAAAAGGGAUGCCGCAGAGACAUGCCACUGAUUCCUGUUUCUUAUUUCUCUUAUGUGCAAAAAAAAAUUACCAAGAAAAGACACUGUGACCUGAAUGAAGACAUGCAAGACUCGGGUUUUAAAAGUCAUACUGCUUUCUUGUUCGUGAGAGGCGCCGGUGGCAGAAAAAUGUGAUAAUUAAGUUUAUGAAACACAACAUUCCUCUUUGACAGAUGGCUGCCGGUAACAGCUGCAGAAGGGAACCGCCCUGUUUUCGUUUUUAAAGCCCAGCUGCUUUUGUUGUGCAAGAAGCUUCGGCAGAAAAUGACCCGUCGCGAUCCUGAUGAAAUGUGAACGAGAAGCCUCCCGCGUAUCUACCGAUCCAUUCAGCUUCAUUGAUGACGCUCAUUCAUGGUAGAUACUGCAAUGGUGUUCAAUUCAGGGAACAACCUUUUUUAACGGACUUUCAGAGUAGCCAAUACAUCUUCAGAUAUUUAUUUAUUUAUUCCCAUUCACUGUGUGAGUGUGUGUCGCAGGCAUGUAAUGUAUCUUUCCAUUAAAGGUUGAGUGUCGUACCUGUUCAGAAAGCUGAUGUAUAUUGUUUGAAUGGAAGUGUAGCAGUGAACCACUACAAGCUAGUGGUUCCGUCCGAGCCCCCUGUCCACGGAGACCUCGGUGUAAAGAUGCAGUUCUGCACAAAAACAAUGUUAAACAUUCACUGCAUUGACUAUUCCGUUUAAAAAAAAAAGGGUGUUCUGCAGAAUCCCCCAAUAACUGAUGAAGGUGCAGGUUAGUGAAAGCCUUAAUGUUCAUGCAGUACUGUACAAUCUGAAGUCAUUAGUAUUGAAUGAAAUGCAUUAAUUGUACCCCGAGACUGAAAGAGAAGUCAUGCUCAGUGCUGACUUCCACUUGUUGUGCAAUAGUGUGCUUUAUGUAAAUGGCAGUGACUGACGCACUUCUAUUUGUGCUUCUGCUGCUGUAGGUAGAGAUGGUCGUCUCUGGACCAAGUCAUCGCUUACUGGUGCCUUGUGUUGUUAGAUAUCAAGAAAUGUGUCACUGUCACAUUUAGGAUGUUUGAUGGAUGCAUGGUUUGUAGAUAGCAGGGCGCCUUGAAUUUAAUUAUUUUGUAUUUAUGUCACCUGCUCUUAUUCUGGUAGACUGGUUGUUGUACAUCCAGUGUGAAAGGUGGUUUCCAUUUAUGUCUUUGGGAAACAUAAAACCCAGAACUCCGAAGAUUCGAUGGUCCAAUAAAAACAUUUUUCAAACCAAGAACUCAAGUCACCUACCUUUUUAAUUUCUCCACUUCCUGUUUAUUGUGAGUCUCAUAUUCCUGAGCAACAUACAAAGUUCUUCACGCAUUCAUCACAUGCUGUAAAGAUCCUUCAGGUUGUUUUUUAAUGCUGCUGCUUCACCAAUUUCUAACCUGAUUAUCUUUCCUUUGACUGAAUGAGGCUGAACUUGACUAACAAAGUCCAGAGACGAGAGUGGCCAGUCCACAUCACCUUCGCUCAGUACCUCUAAAUAAAGAAGGGGCGGCUCAGGUGGUAGAGUUGAUUGUAGGACUGGUGGUUUAAUUCUUACAGCAAACGGAACCACUUCAAAACUUGUGUAUUAGAUUUUUUUUUUUAAUGUUUACUUCUGAGGCAUAAUACCCAAAUAAACAAAAUAAACAAAGCAAUCCAUUUGUUGACCCUGUGCUCCUGCAGCGUCCCUUCCAUUAGCUUACAGCUUCAUUUUCACAUUUAGCACCCACUUCAUUUACCUUACAGCAGUCCGUUUAACACCAGCAACCAACAUCUGGAUGCAUGUCGUCUGUCAACACUUAAAUACCACAGACUUUACUGCAUUUCAGAGGCUUGUGUAGGAAGUGGAACGACUCCCAAUCGUGACCAAGUUAUCGUAAUUAUUAUUCAAUCACCGUCACAUUGUUCAAAUGUAAUGCUUAGUUGGCUGGAGCAUCUCACACAUUGGUUCACCUUUUUAUGUACAAUAAUACACUCAACGUAGCACUGCACACAGGGUAACAAAAUAAAUACCCAGCUAGAAUACACACAGUACAGCGUUCACAUCUUGGAAAACAAAUC